AUGCAAGUGGGGAAGCCCAUCCUCUAUUCCUAUUUCCGAAGCUCGUGCUCCUGGAGAGUUCGGAUCGCUCUGGCCUUGAAGAGCAUCGACUAUGAAACAGUGCCCAUCAACCUCAUAAAGGAUGGGGGCCAGCAGUUCUCCAAAGAAUUCCAGGCACUUAACCCCAUGAAGCAGGUGCCAGCCCUGAAGAUCGAUGGCAUCACCAUUGGCCAGUCGCUGGCCAUCAUCGAGUACCUGGAGGAGACUCGGCCCACUCCGCGGCUCCUGCCUCAGGACCCAAAGAAGAGGGUCCUUGUGCGCAUGAUCUCCGACCUCAUCGCUGGCGGCAUCCAGCCCCUGCAGAACCUGUCUAUCCUGAAGCAAGUAGGACAGGAGAACCAGCUGGCCUGGGCCCAGAAGGCCAUCAAUUCUGGCUUUAGCGCCUUGGAGCAGAUACUACAGAGCACAGCGGGGAAAUACUGCGUGGGAGAUGAGGUGUCCAUGGCAGACCUCUGCUUAGUGCCUCAGGUGGCAAAUGCUGAAAGGUACAAGGUGGAUCUCACUCCCUACCCUACCAUCAGCCGUAUCAACAAGGCGCUGCUGGCCUUGGAGGCCUUCCAAGUGUCUCACCCCUGCCGGCAGCCAGACACGCCCCCGGAGCUGAGGGCUUAG